AUGGGCCUGGGCAAGACACUGACGGCCAUCGCUCUCCUGUGCCACCUCAUGGAGGAAAAAGAAAACCACGGACCCUUCUGUACGACCUCCCCGUCCUUUGGCCUCUUUCUGGUGGUGGCUCCGCUCAGCGUGGUGGACCAUUGGCAAAAGGAGUUCGAGAAGUACGCGUCGACGGUCAAGACGCUGCGCUACAUCGGCGAGAAGGAGGAGCGCGAGGAGCUGCGGGGCAAGCUCAAGAAGCGCGAUCCGAGCGUGGAUUUCAAUGUGCUCAUCACCACGCCCGAGCUGCUGAGGGCCGACUCCGAGUUCCUCCAGCGCUACAAGUGGCGCUACGGCAUCAUCGACGAGGCCCACCGACUCAAGAACCCAGAAUUGUGGGCGCUGCUCCACUUUGUCGCGCCGAAUACCUUCAACGAUCUCGACCUGUUCGAGCGUUGGUUCAAGGGCAUCGACUGGAUGCGAUUGAAGAAAGGAGACGACGAUGACGAAGAGUCGGUCAAGGAAAAAGAGUUGGUGAACAAGCUCCAGGAACUCAUCAGACCGUUCCUCCUGCGCCGGCGGCUCAACAACGUCAUCCUCGAGCUUCCGCCCAAACGAGAGCUGAUCGUCUACACGGGCCUAUCUUCGAUGCAGAAGAAGUACUACAAGUGGAUUCUCACCCGCGACGUCAACAAACUCACCAAGGGCACGGGAGGCUGGGGCCUGAGGCGAGGCGGAAACCGGGCUUCGCUGGCCAACGUCAUCAUGGAGCUGCGGAAAUGCUGCAAUCAUCCGUACCUCUUUGACGGCGCCGAGCCCGAGUUUGAUGGGCAGUUUGUCAUGGGUGAACACAUCGUCGAGAACAGCGGCAAGCUUGCGCUGCUCGACAAGCUCUUGGCCAAGCUGCACAAGGAAGGCCACAAGGUCCUCCUGUUUUCGCAGAUGACGCGCAUGCUGGACAUCGUUCAGGACUACAUGCACUAUCGCGGCUACAACUACGAACGCCUGGACGGAUCGGUUCGCGGCGAAGAGCGAUUCCUGGCCAUCGACCGGUUCACCGCCGUUGAGUACAUGACCCACACCAACGCUGCAGCUGAUGAAGAGGACGAAGACGACCGCCCCUUCGUGUUCCUGCUGAGCACGAGAGCCGGCGGCGUCGGACUCAACUUGACGGUGGCCGACACCGUCAUCUUCCUCGAUAGCGACUGGAACCCGCAGAGCGAUCUACAAGCCGAAGCGCGGGUUCACAGGAUCGGUCAGACCAAGGAGGUCACGGUCAUCCGACUGGUGACCAAGGACACCGUGGAGGAGGUCAUCCUGCAGCGGGCGUUGCGCAAGCUCAAGCUGAGCAGCACUGUGAUCGAGGAGGGCAAGUUCCGAGCGGACAAGGACGAGGAGAAGGAGUCGCCCGAGCAGCUGUUCGACAUCAUCCAGUACGGCCUGCGCAAGGUCAUCACCAACGAGGACAGCACCAUCGAGGACGAGGACAUCGACGCCAUCCUGGCCCGGAGCGAGGCCAACAUGAAGAAUCUGUCGAUCCACCAGGUGGACGAGCACAUCUCGGCCACGCAAGCGCCGACCAUGCUUCCCGACGAGGAAGAGACCAUGGAGCUCCAAAGCCAGUCUGUCAAGGAGAGCAGGGAGAAGGACGCGGAGGCUUUGGACGCGAUCCUGGAGAGUUCGCUGCUGGCCAAGGCCGGCGCAAUCGCUCCCAGCCAACGAAUCGGAACCACGCCCCACAAGUCGCGCAGACACUUGCGCGGGCGGAGCGUCGACUUCAACCCCGAAGAAGAGGAGGCCAAGAAGAAGGCCAAGAUGGAGCAACGGCGAAAGAAGAUGUGGAAGGCCAACGGCUACAUCUCGUCGUCGAUCAUCGCCACACGCUGGGUCGAGGAGGCGGACAAGGUCGAGGAGGCGGAGGAAGAGCCCGAGCCCGAGCCCGAGGCCGCAGCUGCAGCCCCGAAGCCGGCGGUGCAGUGGGUCUGCGGGUCGUGCACGUUCGUCAAUCCGAAGGAAAACGACAAGUGCGAGAUGUGCGAUGCCGAACGUACGCUCGCGAAAGAAAAGAGCGAGGAAGAGGAAGUCGAGGAGCUCACAGACUUGGAUGAGGAGGGGCGCGAGGCCGACGACAUUCACUUCAUCGUGGGAGACGUCACCAAGCCCGUGCCCAGCGUCAAACGGGCCAACAAGAACGCCAUUGUCGUGGCCUGCGUCGAUGACAGCGGGUCGUGGGGCCAUGGAGGUCUGUUCCGUGCGCUGAAUCAUCUGUCACCGCUACCGGCGGAGCGCUAUGCGGAGGCGGGACAGAACAAGGACAUCCAACUGGCCGACAUUCACCUCGUGUUCAAACAGACACGCACACUGGACGAAGAGGCGGGUGAUGACGACCUCUUCUGCCGCCCGUCCGACUGCAUGCCCAUCGCCCACAUCGCAGGCCAAGGGGUGUACGUCGCGCUGGUGAUCGCGCAGACCACCAAGCGGAACAAGGUGGGUCCCAUCCAGCUUCCGGCCCUGUCCCAAGCCCUCCAGAAGCUCGCCCCCGUCGCCAAAGCCCUCAAAGCGAGCAUACAUAUGCCGCGCAUGGGACUGCGCGGGUCGGAUUGGUACGCGGCGGAGCGAUCCAUCCGGCGGUACCUCGUCUCGCACGGCGUUCCCACCUAUGUAUAUUACUUCCGACGGAGCAGCGGUGGUCCCUCGGCCGCGUCCUCGUCGCUGCCCUCGCUGCCGGCGUCUCAAGGCCCGCAGCUGAUGCGAUCCGCUUCGGCUUCGCAGCUCAUCCCGCCAACUCCGCCCCCGACCCCAGCCUCCCUUCCCGCGUCAGAGCCGACCGAGGGCGUGGCGCGACCCAACAAGAAGCGGCGCAUGAUUGCUACGGAAGAAGACGAGCGAGAAGUGGCUGUCGACCGCAUGUUGGUGCAUGAGGAGGACGCUGACGGAAGCGCGGCUGGAGGCAGCAACGGCUCCGCACCCGCCAAGUUCCUCGCGGGGCUCCGAUUCUAUUUGCACCUGGUGGGAGCCGAGCAGCACGGUGCCCUCCGCGCGACCAUCAAGCGUAUGACCACGCACGUCCUGACGUCUACGCUGUUGGCUGCGGCUGAGGACGAAGCACUCCGCGUGGCCAGGGAGAUCAACCCCCGCCUGCUCAUCGUCACCGCCGAUUGGCUCCGCAAGUGCAUCCAGCGCAAUCGCCUUCUCUCCACCAGCGCUGCAUGA